UAACAUUAUCAUUUUAUCAACAAACACAUCCUAGUACUCACCAGUCUGCAGCAACUCAACUUGGACAAUGGCAACAAACACUCUUCUCUCUUUGACCACCCCAUCUCAAUCUCUUCUAUUCCCUCUCUCAAACCCUAAUCCUAAAUUUCUGUCCACUUCAUUUCAUGGCCCAUCUCUCAAAAUCACCCCUCUGUCACUCUCUCUUUCUGCUGGCCCAUAUAAGCCACUCACUGUAGUUGCUGCCACCAAGAAAGCUGUUGCAGUUCUCAAGGGCACUUCUACUGUUGAAGGGGUUGUUACUCUCACUCAAGAUGAUGAUGGUCCAACUACAGUGAAUGUGAAGAUUACUGGACUUACUCCAGGGCCUCAUGGGUUUCAUUUACAUGAAUUUGGGGAUACUACAAAUGGGUGUAUGUCAACAGGACCACAUUUCAAUCCUAAAGGAUUGACACAUGGUGCUCCUGAAGAUGAAGUCCGUCAUGCGGGUGACCUGGGAAACAUUAUUGCUAAUGCCGAUGGUGUGGCAGAGGCAACAAUUGUGGAUACACAGAUACCACUUAGUGGGCCAAAUGCAGUGAUUGGAAGAGCAUUGGUAGUUCAUGAACUUGAGGAUGAUCUUGGAAAGGGUGGUCAUGAGCUUAGCCUUUCCACCGGCAAUGCAGGAGGUAGACUGGCAUGCGGUGUGUUAGGUCUCACUCCUGUAUGAUGAUGAUACCAGGUUUUACUGGAACAAAUGAUUCUGCGAGAAGCUAAUAUUAGGUUUAAUAUUAGUAAUACUGAAUUUAUUUUACAUCUUGUUGAGCAAACAUGUAUUUGGCAUGUACUUUUGUGAAACUUUCUUAAGUAAUAAAUAUUUCGGUGCUUCA